AAAGGGCGAAACAGUCGUUGGGGUCAGGCAUUCAGGCAGGGACACAUGUUAGGUUUCUUCUUAGUUCUUCCCCCAUGAACCGUGACGAUGAUGUUUGUUGGGUUAUGUUAUGUUAUGGAAGCUUCUAGAUUCUGAGAAAAUGAACAAGCCCAUGUUCACCAGACUUUUUCAUUCCACUCCUCUCUUGGAACGCAAAUCCCGCACCUUUUUGGACUCUAAAUGCAACCAUUACUCGAGAAGGUUUAGAAGAUUGCGUGCCAAACAAACACUGCUCCGUGAUAUCAAUGCUCACGCACAAUUCAUGUUUCAGAGCUGGAAAGGAGACAUUGACGAGGAUGAUCCGUCUCCCAGUCAAGACCCCUCAUGGUUUAGAAAACAAUAUUCUCCUAAGGGCCCUGCAAGGCAUGGGAGUGGCAAUCAAAGAUCAAAGCACCGGUUAAAAAGAGACCAUGAGUUUUGCAAAGAUGAUUUUGAUAUUGAAACUGUUUUUCGCUCCGCCUUUGGUGGCAACCGAUCUUUCUAUUGGUCCUUUAUAAAUGAGGAAAAUCCUCAAUGGAAGAGGUCCGGAGGCUUUUCUAGUCAGGGAAAAUCUUGGAACCAGAGACGUCAGAGUGAAAACAAAUAUGGCUCAUCAACCAAGUCCGAGUCAGAUUGUUCAUAUUCAGAUUCAAUUUCAGAAAGAUUAGCCCUUGGAUUGAGUGCUUAUGGCCCUCUGAAACUUGAGGAAGUGAAAAAUGCGUACCGGAUAUGUGCCUUAAAGUGGCAUCCAGAUCGUCAUCAAGGCUCUUCUAAGGUUAUAGCAGAGGAAAAGUUCAAGCAUUGCAGUUCUGCUUAUCAAUCUUUGUGUGAUAAGCUGGCCUUGGAUUAGAGAGUAGGUUUACCAAUACCUUUUGUAGAAGUCUCUGUUUCUUAGCAAUUAAAUGCCCCAGCUAAUUUAUUUUGAAAGCUCUCUUUCAUUAUCUUUUGGUCUGUUGUAAUUUUAUUAUAUGCUUGUGGAAAUUAUAUGUAUGGUGCUUCAUAUCACCAUUUUAUCA